AUGGCAUCUAAGCAACGACAAGAUCUUAAUGAAAAAGCAAAACAGGGAGAAACUGUGGUCCCUGGUGGAACUGGUGGCAAGACCCUUGAGGCUCAGGAGCAUCUUGCUGAAGGAAGGAGCAAGGGAGGGCAAACCAGGAAGGAGCAGUUGGAAACAGAAGGGUACCAAGAGAUGGGUCGCAAGGGUGGAUUAAGCACCAUGGAGAAAUCUGGAGGAGAGCGUGCUGAAGAGGAAGGAGUUGAGAUUGAUGAGUCCAAGUUUGCUACCAAGAACCAAAACAAGUAGUACCAUCAUCUUAUUAUAAUCCUAAUCAUGUA